CCAGUGUCUCGUCGCCAUUGUCCAUCCGGCGUGCUGGUGGCAUCCCCGCCAAGCAUCUCUUCUUCGGGAUCAGCCAUCUGCCACAGCGCACCCGUCUUGCAGUCGCCACGCAAACCAAAUGGGGCUCAAGCGACCCUGCAGCCCAGAGCCUGCUGCCGAUCUCCCCUCCAAGGCGGGGCGGCUGGACUCGCCGCUCGCUGCAGAGCCGCCCGAUCUGGGGCUGCAGCAACCCAGCCGUCCCGCCAUCGACCCACCACAGACGCAGACUCAGCAGCACCACGCAGCCUCCACUGAGGCACACUCGUCUCUCGAUAGCCACGAUCUGCUCACCAUCUUGGUCUGCAACGAUGCCUUUGUCGAGAUCAUCGAUCUGCCAACCCUCAAUAAGCUCCCGCGGCUUUCACGUCAAUACACACGCAUCUUGUCCCUCGUCGCCGACGAUCUGUGGAAUGAUAAGCUCUAUAUCCAUCUGGGAAUUGAGUCUAUAUUUGAUGCCGAUGGCGAAGCGUACGAUGUGGAUGGCAUCGACAUUGACGAGAGGGCUAUCCUCGAAGGCGCAUGCCAUUUCCUCAGCCGCAAGAACCAUCUCCCCCGCAGCCAUGAAGCAUACCAGAAGGAGCUUUCGCUUUGGUGGGCGCUUGCCAUGCUGCCCAUUUUGAAGUGUGGUGAAUUGGGCGAGAGGCUGGAUCAAGCUACCGGGAAUAUGCCCACUCGUCUCUGCGACUGCAUCACAUACGACGACUCCAAGAAACUCGAAACACCCGAUCUCAACGAGCAGUUCCGGCUCCUGGACGCCUCACAGAUCAUACGAAAGGACCUCUGUGAGGAUUGUGAAGCAAGUGUCAACCACGAAUCUGUAAACUACCUCUAUAUUGGACGCUUUGGGAGCAAUCCCUUCUACACCGAUAGUCAGCUGGCUGCAUUACUUCCCCACGAGUACGCUCCGUUGUCAAGUGCGCUGGUGACAAACCUGACCCUCAUUGACUGCUCGUUUGCGUCGCUCUCGGGUUGGCCAAACAGACUUGAUGGCCUGAGCAGCUUGUGCAUCAAAAGGACGUCGCAAGGACCACCGAUUGAGAGCCUCGCUGGAAUGCCGUCGAUACCCAAGCUAAGAUCACUCUCGCUCCCUGAUACCUUCGCGAGCUGCGAGGAUCUACCUCGGAAUACGAAUGAACUUGCCAAUCUCGACAUCUCCUCGUGCACCCGUAUCACCUCCCUCAACGGGCUUCCCUCAUUUCCAAACUUAUCAAGCCUGACACUCCCUCCAUUCAUAGAGAGCCUCGAAAGUCUUCCUCAGGCUCUUGAUCAACUCUACUGGCUCGAUCUGUCCGCCUGCAUUCACCUCAAAUCACUCAAGGGACUUCCUCCACUGCCAAGAGUAUCACAACUUCGGCUUCCUCCAUCCAUAGAGAGCCUCGAAGGCCUUCCUCCUGAUCUUGAUCGACUUCACUCGCUCGAUUUUUCCGCCUGCAUUCACCUCAGAUCGCUCGAGGGACUUCCUCCACUACCAAGAGUAUCGCAACUUGAACUUCCUCCAUCCAUAGAGAGCCUCGAAGGUCUUCCUCAGGUUCUUGAUCAACUCCACCACCUCAAUCUUUCCGCCUGCAUUCACCUCAAAUCACUCAGGGGACUUCCUCCACUGCGGAAUCUGUUACGCUUCCAAUUUCCUCCAUCCAUAGAGAGCCUCGAAGGCCUUCCUCCUGAUCUUGGUCGACUUUACUCGCUCGAUCUGUCCACCUGCAUUCACCUCAAAUCACUCAGGGGACUUCCUCCACUACCAAGUGUAUCACAACUCACACUUCCAAAGUUCGGUCGGAACCUGAACGAUCUCUCGGGCUGGGUCGACUGGCUCAAGGAGUCCCCAACAUGGAAUCGCUUGAUCGGAUCAAGUCAGCGGCUAGAGCGUGCGAUUCCUAAACUCCUCGAUCUGGACAUUGCACUGCCAAUCGGUGGAUUUGAUGCGCUCCGGGGGUCAUUCGGGGCUCUCAACUCACUUCGUAUCAACGUGGACGGAUCCGAGAAUGUAAUAAGCUCACUGCCGCUCAUGCCAAAGCUCACACGGCUGUCGAUUGCUGGGACUAUAAAGGACAUGAGCCAAUGGUGCGAGCCAACACGUCCAUCUACCGACGACAGUACGAAGCAAUGCGACGGGAUCGAAUCGCCGAUGGCCUCGAAAAUGCCGAACUUGAAUUUUCUGGUUCUUCCGGCGUCAAUCGAGUUGCUGGAUCAGAUCCCGACAGACCUCCAUUUGGCUCGUGAGCUGGAUCUGUCGGCAUGCGAACGGCUGCGAUCAGUCGGUGGUCUAUCACCGAUGAAGAAUCUGUGUCGUCUCAAGCUGCCAGCAUCGCUCAAAACGCUAAAGUCCAUGAAGCGUGAAUUGGCUUCGUCUCCGUCCUUGACAAUCAUCGCGCCUGGGCUCGAGACGGUGGAAGGCAUGCCGGCCGCCGGUCUGCUGAGAGACCUCCAACUCAAUGCGCCGAUUGUGACUCUGGAGGGAAUGUAUCCGAAUUAUCCGUCUCUCAGGAGGCUCAGUCUUACCUCUUGUUCGAAUCUCAAGUCCCUCACGGGCAUGCCUCAGAUGCCGAUGCUCGAGGUCUUGAGCUUGCCGUACUCGAUCGAAACUCUCAGAGGGAUGCCAACUGUCCAAGAAUCCAUUAAAACUUUGUCGCUGAACAGAUGCGACAAACUAAAAUCUCUGGAAGGUCUUCCGAGCAUGCCGCGCCUCGUUGAACUGACCCUUCCCUCGAACCUCGAGAGUCUGGAUAUCCCCUCAGUCAGUUUGAACCGCUUGGAGCGGCUUCAGAUGGCGUCAUGUUGUAAUUUGACGACGCUUGAGGGGUUUCCGCAAGUGCCACAGCUCAAAUUCCUUAGUCUUCCUUCAUCCGUCACCAGCUUCAAAGGACUCCCUUUGACGCUUGGGUCGCUCAGAACGUUGAUACUCGCGAAUAUGGAGAGCCUCGCCUCUCUGGAUGGGCUUCCGCAUAUGCCCAAGCUCAACCGAAUUGUGACGCCCGAGAAGCUCCGCAGCGCACCUAUCGUCGAGACACUCAGGGCCGCGAUCAGAGAAUACCGGCCAAAAGCUGUUAUUGUAUGAAGAAUUGCCAGAAGCUGCGAUGAGCAAUUGAAAGAUACACUACAUUCCUGAUAUGGGUAGCAUUCCUGAUAUGGGUAGCGUUCGUGAUCGGUGCGAUUCUGCCUGCAUGCUCGGCUCGAUCUGGCCCCGAUGGGAAUUGCAUUCGGUCCGCUGGCUUUGAAACGGAGCACCGUGAUUUGUGGCAGCUCGUGCAUAGCAUCCCUCUUGCAGCAAUACAACGGCCCGUGGGGUCAUACGCCGUA